GGCCCCGCCCCCCGCCAGGCCCCGCCCCCCCCGAGCCGGGCGCCGCGCUCUUCCCAAUGUGAAUCCGGCUUCCGACUCUGUCGUGGGGGGAGAAAGGCCCAGCAGCCGCAUCAGCACCCGUGCUCCGCUAGCGACCCGGACAGGCGGGCGCCCGCAGAUCCUUCCCCCACCCUCGGAAAUCCCCCAGCCCCCAGCGCACUCGGACCCACAAGCCGCUGCCAUCUGGGUUCGGCGCCGUGGGCCGAGCCUCCCACGGUGAGGGGCGUGGGGCUGUAGCCAGCAGGUCGUAGGACAACAGACGCUAAACCCAACGCACACGCAGAGGGCGAUGGCCGCCGAGACGCUCAAUUUUGGACCGGAAUGGCUCCGCGCGCUGUCCAGUGGGGGGAGCGUGGCCUCCCCCCCGCCCUCUCCUGCCAUGCCAAAGUACAAGCUCGCGGACUAUCGCUACGGCAGAGAAGAGAUGCUAGCACUUUAUAUCAAAGAGAACAAGGUCCCGGAGGAGCUCCAGGAUAAGGAAUUCGCUGCCAUUCUCCAGGAAGAGCCGCUGCAGCCGCUGGCCCUGGUCCCGCUAACGGAGGAGGAGCAGAGGAAUUUCUCCAUGUCUGUGAACAGCGUGGCGGUGCUGAGGCUGAUGGGAAAAGGAGGCGGAGCUGCUCCCGCUGGAGUCUCCCGUGGGAGGGGCAGUACCCGGAGCCGAGGCCGGGGCCGAGGCGAGAGCGGGUUUUACCAAAGAAGUCCGGAGGAGCCGGAGGGGGCGUUCGGGCGCGGGGCCCGGGAGAUCCACCGCAGCCAGAGCUGGGACGACAGGGGCGAGCGGCGGUUCGAGAAGCCGACCCGGCGGGAUGGAACCCGGGCUCCCUUUGAGGAAGGGGCCCCGCCCCCCCGCAAGGAGUACGCCCGCUCGGACAGCAACAACUGGCGCACGCUGCGGGAGGAGCAGGAGGAGGAGGAGGAGGGGGGCGGGGGCGCUGGCCCCACCCCCGCCGGGGCGGCCGCGGGGGGCAGCUGGCGGCUCAGUGGAGCCCGGCGCGAGAGCGAGCGCUGGCGGUCGGCCAGCCCAGAUGGCGCGCCCCGCUCGGCUGGCUGGCGGGAGCACCCCGACGGCCGGCGCCGCAAGUUCGACUUUGACUUCCGGGAGCGGGAGGAGGAGCGGGGCGGGCGGCGGCACCGGGGCAGCGACAGCUUCGAGGACGACAAGGACGGGCUGCCCGAGUGGUGCAUGGACGACGAGGACGAGGAGAUGGGCACCUUCGACUCCUCCGGCGCCUUCAUGCCCCUCAAGAAGAGCCCCAAGGAGCCAAUCCCGGAGGAGCAGGUGUUCGACUUCCAUCCGUUGCAGGAAGAUGACGAGAGGUCGGAAGGGAAGGACGACCCCGAGCCCGGCUCGAAGGAGCCCCCCGAGAAAGAGGCCUGGAAGGAUCCCUCGAUGGCCCCGGAGGAGAAGCGAUGUUCCCCGCCCGGCGCCCCCUGGCUGUCGGGCCCCCCUUUUGCUGCUACUGUUGCCACUGCCACUAGUGAAUGUGAGAGCGCCCCGCUGGGGGGCUCGGACCCCGCCGCACCCCUCGGCCCCUGCGACAAGGAGCCGAAGCCUGCUGCGGAAGGGGACCCAGGCGUCCUGAGCCUCCCGUCUCAGCUCAGCACGGGCGCGGUCUCCACCCUCUCCUCCCCUUCCUCCACCACCAAUGCUGCUACUGAGUUCUCCAUCGGGGACGCCGAGGACGACGACGGGAUGAAACAUCUUCAGCAAGAAGCAGAGAAGAUGGUGGCCUCGCUCCAGGAGAGCUCCAUGGACGAGGAGCGCUUCACCCAGGCCAUCCGGGAGCCGCGGAACACGGCCGCCGCCCUGCCCCUCUCCCACGAGGCCGCCAUGAAGUGGUUCUACAAGGACCCCCAGGGGGAGAUCCAAGGGCCCUUCACCACGCAGGAGAUGGCGGAGUGGUUCCAGGCCGGCUAUUUCACCAUGUCGCUGCUGGUGAAGCGCGGCUGCGACGAGGGCUUCCAGCCGCUGGGCGAGGUGAUCAAGAUGUGGGGGCGAGUGCCUUUCGCGCCGGGCCCGUCGCCGCCCCCGCUGCUGGGGAACCUGGACCAGGAGCGGCUGAAGAAGCAGCAGGAGCUGGCGGCCGCCGCCCUCUACCAGCAGCUGCAGCAUCAGCAGUUCCUGCAGCUCAUCAACCGGUACCUGCCUGACAGGCCGCAGUUCGCCCAGUGCGCGCUCCAGCAGAAGCUGGCGGCCGGAGACCUGACCCAGCAGCAGCUCACGGCUUUCCUGCAGCAGCUGCAGGCUCUGAAACCCAGAGCCGGGGAGCAGAACCUGAUCCCGGCGAUGAACCGCUCCAUGUCCGUGCCAGACACAGGGUCCCUGUGGGACGCGCAUACCUCAGCCUCACAGCCUGCAGGCGGUGAGGCCAGUCUAUGGGAUUUACCAAUUAAUUCUUCAACUCAGGGUCCAAUCUUAGAACAAUUGCAACUGCAACAGAAACUCCAGGAGCGCCGCGACGCGGAACUCAGGGCGAAGCGGGAGGAGGAGGAACGCAAGCGGCGCGAGGAGAAGCGGCGCCAGGAGGAGCAGAAGCGGCGCGAGGAGGAGGAGCUGUAUCGGCGCAAACAGUGCCGGCAGCAGGAGCUGGUGCUGAAGCUGCUGCAGCAGAGCCAGGCGCAGAGCGCGGCGCCCUGGGGGGGGCUGGGCAAGCCGCCCGGGGGCAUGAAGGCCCUGCUGGAGCUGCAGGAGAGCGAGCGGCAGCUGCAGAAGCAGCAGCGGGCGCAGCAGAGAGCGCACGGGGGGCUCGGCAUGAGCAGCCCCUCACAGUGGGGCACCGACUCCAGCCCGCUGUGGAGCCAUGAGAAGAGCAGCCUGUGGGACGAGAGCGUCAAGAACAUGAGGAGCGUGGGGCUGAAGAGCAGCCGCAGCAGCCCCUCCCUCGGGGACAGCUACGGGGGGCCGGGCCGGCAGAGCCGGAAGAAGACGGACGAGGAGGAGAAGCUGCUGAAGCUGCUGCAGGGGAUCCACAAGCCCCAGGACGGCUUCACCCAGUGGUGCGAGCAGAUGCUGCACGUCCUGAACAGCUCCAGCAACCUCGACGUCCCCACAGUGGUGGCGUUCCUGAAGGACAUGGAGUCCCCGUACGACGUUCACGACUUCAUCCGCUCCUACCUGGGCGACACGGUGGAAGCCAAAGAAUUUGCCAAGCAGUUCCUGGAGCGGCGCGCCAAGCAGAAAGCCAGCCAGCAGCGCCAGCAGCAGCAGGAAGCCUCCUGGCUCAGCUCCGGCAACCUGCCCUCCCCGUUCCCGGCCAACCACAGCACCAAACAGCCGCCCUUCGACGGCAGCCAGCCGGUGAAGAUCAAGAGGAGACCGGUCCUGCUGCACGCUGACCCCAGCAUCCUGGGCUAUUCGCUGCACGGCCCGGCAGGCGAGGUGGAAAGCAUUGAAGACUACUGACGUCUCGUAGCAAUAGGAACUCUGCUGCCUUCUUAACCGAUUCAGUCUUACCUGAAUGUGCACUGCGAAAGGACGAGGCGGCCGUGGUGGGCCCUCCCCUGUCCUCCGCCCCCCCCCCCCGGCGAGCGGGGGGCACCGGGGCUGGCGGGGAGGGGCAGGGUGGCACGUGCGCUCGGAUCGGGGCGCCGGCGACCCGCCUUCGGAAGAGGAGUAUGUGUGAGCACUUCUUUCUCCAACACACGAAGCACCUUAAAAUGCAACCCGCUGAUGCACUUUAUCGAGACUUUUUACAAAGAGCUGAUUAAAAAAAAAAAAGGAAAAAAAAAAUUUUUUUUGGUGAUUCUGGAGGAAAUUUUUAUAAAGAAACUUUAAAAAAACAAAAAAAAAAUCGCUCUAGGAAACACUGUUAUUUUCACACGGGGACGAGGAGAGACGUGAAAAUUCGCAAAGGGGAAAAGAGAAGAUUUCAUAAAAAAAAAAAACAAAAAAACACACAAAAAUAGCAAAACUUGAAGAAAUGCACUUAUCGCCCGGCCCGCUUUCCGCGAGCCGGCCCGGCUCCGUGUCGCGCGGCGGAGCCGGCUGUAAAUAGCGCUGGAUACAGAGCUCCGCACGGGAGACUUGCUCUCGCCAAGAGGCCAUCUUUGUUUUUCUCUUUUUUGGAAGAGAGACGUUGCGUGUUUGGGUUUUUUUGUUGUUGUUGUUGUUUUUUGAAAGUUGCACAACUAUGAAACAGCCGACUUCCCCUUCCCUGGGGGUGCCUGGCUGCAGCGGAGCUGGCUCGGGAGGAGUAACGCUAACCGCGGCGGCUGACUGCGGUCGCCGGAGCCAGGUGCUCUUCCCGCCGGCUCCCGCGAGCUCCGGCUCCUCACCUGGCUCAGGGAGAGCUUCUAAGCUGCAGCGCUCUCCUGGCUUCCUGCCAGUUCCUGUCCCCCGGCCGAGCUCCCCCGUCACCGGCCGCUCGGACGUCUCGGAGCUCCCCUGUUACAGUCCGAUCAGACGUCUCGGAGCUCCCCCGUCACCGGCUGCUCGGACGUCUCGGAGCUCCCCUGUUACAGUCCGAUCAGACGUCUCGGAGCUCCCCCGUCACCGGCCGCUCAGACGUCUCGGAGCUCCCCUGUUACAGUCCGAUCAGACGUCUCGGAGCUCCCCCGUCACCGGCCGCUCAGACGUCUCGGAGCUCCCCCGUCACCGGCCGCUCGGACGUCUCGGAGCUCCCCCGUCACCGGCCGCUCGGACGUCUCGGAGCUCCCCUGUUACAGUCCGAUCAGACGUCUCGGAGCUCCCCCGUCACCGGCUGCUCGGACGUCUCGGAGCUCCCCUGUUACAGUCCGAUCAGACGUCUCGGAGCUCCCCCGUCACCGGCCGCUCAGACGUCUCGGAGCUCCCCUGUUACAGUCCGAUCAGACGUCUCGGAGCUCCCCCGUCACCGGCCGCUCAGACGUCUCGGAGCUCCCCCGUCACCGGCCGCUCGGACGUCUCGGAGCUCCCCCGUCACCGGCUGCUCGGACGUCUCGGAGCUCCCCCGUCACCGGCCGCUCGGACGUCUCGGAGCUCCCCUGUUACAGUCUGAUCAGAUGUCUCGGCUGGCUUCCUGCAAGCUUCCAGGCCCUGCAAACUCCCUGCAACAAGCUCCGCCUCCCCGGCUGGAUUUCUUCUACAAGCUCCGCCUCCCCGGCUGGAUUUUUCCCCACAAGCUCCGCCUCCCCGGCUGGAUUUUUCCCCACAAGCUCCGCCUCCCCGGCUGGAUUUCUUCUACAAGCUCCGCCUCCCCGGCUGGAUUUUUCCCCACAAGCUCCGCCUCCCCGGCUGGAUUUCUUCUACAAGCUCCGCCUCCCCGGCUGGAUUUUUCCCCACAAGCUUCGCCUCCCCGGCUGGAUUUUUCCCCACAAGCUCCACCUCCCCGGCUGGAUUUUUCCCCACAAGCUCCGCCUCCCCGGCUGGAUUUUUCCCCACAAGCUCCGCCUCCCCGGCUGGAUUUUUCCCCACAAGCUCCGCCCCGUGAAGCCAGCCUCCUGUGAAUUACCAGCCUGCUCUCCACCCAGCCGUGCUGCUGCCCAGCGGAUAGGAAGACGAUUUCUUCUGCACGUGGUGUUUUUUUUUGGGGGGGGGGGGGAGGUGAGAGGCCCUUUUUUAUUUUAAGCUCUGGGCACCUCGUUCAUUUUGCCUUUCCCCCGCCCUGUUAGCCGUGCGCCCCCAGCCCAAUGGCCCUUGUGGGGGGCGGUUGGGUUUUUUUGUUUUUUUGUUUUGGACGGAGAAGCAUUUUUGUGUGCGCGGCGGGUGGGGGGGCUCGCCCCCGCCCCCAUUUCUGAAUGUAUCUUUGGACAAGAAUUGGAAAGACGAAAUCCGCCAGCCCCUCCUGGCACGGGCUGCGGCGUGGCCCCGAGCCAGUAAAGCUCCAGUCACGCUCGCUCGCUCUCGAGAUCUCUCUCUAUUUUUUAAAACCCGAGAAGCCGUUGAAUUUCCUGUGACCGAUCCCCACCCGCAGAGGGGAGCGACUUCGCUCUCACAUGCAGCUGUACAGAUUUCGGAGGGGAGGGAGACGUCGUUCGUUUGUUCGUUUUCGUUUUUUUUUUAAUUUGGGCUUGACUAUUUUUUUUGGUUUUGUUUUAAUUGCGCGUAUGGAUCUGUUGUUUCUUUGUUUACAGACCGUCUCUGGGGCGUUUGUGUCUCACGGGACGGUAGCCACUACACAGGGUACCUUUCCGAGUCGAAAUCUUCCCGAGGAGGAGACGUUUUUAUUUCAUUCCCCUCCCCUUGGAAAUCAGCGUGCGGGAGGGGAGAGAGUUCCCCCGGCCUUCGCGCGAGACGACACGAAGCUUUUUCCCCGGUUGUGGCAAGCCAGGAACCGCGUGGAAGGCGUCACGCCGAACGGCCGGAUCACGGUUUCUUGCGUGUGUUCUUCCUCCCCCGCCCCCCGGAUUGUUGUAUUUUUAUUUUGUUUCCGAACCAGUGCAGCUUUGGGGGUUAACCCCCCCCAACCCGUUGGGUUUCCGUUUGUUUUUUUUUAAACGUUUGUGGUUUAUGAAUUUUUCAAUCGACCAAAUGGCAAAGACACUUGUGUUUUUUUCCUUUUUUAAGAUGUAUGUCGAAGAUUGGGGUUGUUUUUUUGGGGUCAGGGACCUCUUUUGUUUUGGUAGGCCCUACAACAAAUACUGUGAGGUUCCAUGGUUACUGUGUUAGUGGCCUUGGCCCCGUCAAUGGAUCAAAGGACACAGGAUUUGGAUGUGACCUGAUCUGGUUUCUCACCCUCCUCCCCCAUCAGUCAGUAUUGGCCUGUAGCGGCCUCGGCACGGUCCGCGUGCAAUAGGCCGCCGAAGGAUUUACCCCCCGCCCCUGUUUGCUGUGUGUCAGAAACCCCGCGGUGCCGGUGGGGGCGAGCGAGGGGCCAGCGAGGUUCCCGGGGGAACCAAUGAGCUGACGGCUUCCCGGCUCCGGCUGGGAUCCCUCCCCCCCCCUUUGGGACUCUCGGUGCAGCGGGGGACAAUCCGGCGCCCCGGGAUCUCCAGCAGCCGGCUCGCCCCAAUCCCGGGCCACCCCACGGACCCGGCUCAGGUAGGCAGCGACCAGGAGCCACCGUUGGUGUUGGAAUUUGCCACAAGAAUGUAUUCAGUGAUUCGGCGCUCUCGGACCGUUCCAGCUAAGGGCUGUCUCCCCGGUUCGCUCCCCCCACCGCCCCCGGCCUGCUAGCGACCGGGGGCUGCAGCGGGCCGGGCCGAACCAAAGUCUCCUCUGGCCCACGGUGGAGACCAGCCCCCGGAAGGACGUUCGUUAUCCACCGCGGAGGGGGGGCGCGUUUCCUGCAGCAUUUGCCUUAUCUUCGUAUUGGUUGUUCUCCCCCUGCACCCCGCCGAAGAAAAGGGAACCCGACCCCGCGGCCGGGGCAGUAUUAGCCCGGGGGCCAGUUGGCCGCCGGGCCGGACGUGGGGUUUCUAUCUAGCAAUAACGAACUGGACUCGAGCGCUUGCCACGGGCCGUGCCAAGGCGCGUCCCACGCCGGCCUCGGGCGCGUGGUCGGGCCGGGGGGAGGAACCGCCCCCCCCCCGCCCCGGUUCAUUGUGUGUCGCUCGCGCCCGCGUGGAAUUAAAGUUUGUAGAUAUUUCCUG